UUCCACUCCUCUUAUAUUCCCCAAUUUCCAAAUUCAGAAUCCAACUCAAAACAACUAUUUUUCUCUAGUAGGAGAGAGCUUCCUCUUCUCCGUGAUCCCUUCCAUCCUCAAACAAUAGAGAAAGGAACUCACUACUUCGAUCAAGUUAAGUAAACAAUGAAAAAGCAGAGCAGCAACAACAGCAGCAGCAUUCUUAGCAGCGGCAUAAAGCAAGUUACACCAUCUCCUCGAAAUCUUCCAGGCGUCCCGAAGAGUAAAAUAGAGGUAGAAGCUGAUGCUUCAAACCUCGUCGGCCGAAUAGUCGAGAAGGGUUUCUCCUCCACCCCCUCUGGCAAUUCCCUCAAGCCAUCUUCUCUCCCUCGCCCCACCGUUCUCCCUUUCCCCGUUGCUCGCCACCGUUCUCAUGGUCCUCAUUGGAAUCCGGUAACUAAUGAGAAGAAUGAUGAAGAAGACGAUGAGAACGAAGAUAAAGAUGAUACUGACUUUGAUCCUAUAGCGGCCUUUGCUAAUCCAAUUGAGAAGAAACCCAAAAAGGGUUUGGACUUUAGCAGGUGGAGAGAACUGGUUCAAGAAGGUGAUGGUUCUAGUGUACCCCAGGUGAAGAAAACGGAUAAUCUGGCGAUGGCGGACGAUGGAAGACAAAAGGGUGAAGAAGAAUCAGAAAAUGCAAAAAAGGGAAAUGGUUUGUAUAGUUCUGUUGCUUUUGCGUCUAAAGAAGUGAAUGGACUAUCUCGUAAGAGUUCAAACGAGGGUCGGAUUAAAAGUGGAGAGAUUGAAACAGAUGUAACUUCACGCCAAAGUAGUAAGUUAGAUAAUUCUGAUUCAUUUGGCUCUAUAAAGGCGAAUGGUGAAGCGGAUAAGGGUCCAAGUGAGACUCGUGCUGAAAAUGGAGAGGUUAAAGCUGAUGAUUAUAGUGUGAAGGUUCCUGGGAAUGUGGAAAAAGAUGCAUCAGGUUCUUUGGCUGUGGCUGAGCACGCUAAAGAUGAAGGAACCCAUUGUCAAGACCUCAAGUUCGACAGGGUUGAUGCUGGAGAAGGAUAUGCGUCUCUUGAGAGUCAAAUUGAUGCCGAGAAUCGUGCCAGGUUGCAACAGAUGUCAGCUGAAGAGAUUGCAGAAGCGCAGGCUGAGAUAGUGGCGAAGAUGAAGCCUGGAUUGCUAGAGGUACUAAAAAGGCGGGGACAAGAAAAAUUGGAGCAGCAGAAACGUCCAACGCCAGACUUGGCUACUAGUCAUCAUCUUGGUACUCAACGAGAUAAGAGUGACCCUGCCCAAACACCAUCUAGUGCUCCACCCACUGAGGCUACUAAAAGUUCUGGCGUAGCAUUGGCAAAGGCAAUACCUACUAAGGAUACAGCAAAGAGGUCAGAUGAUGGUGGUUUGCAGACAUUGGUUGCUCCUGGUAACAGCUUGUGGAACGCUUGGAAUGAGAGAGUUGAGGCAGUCAGGGCACUCAGAUUUUGCUUAGAUGGGACUACUGUGGAAGGAGAUUCUGUAAAAGGACCAACAACUGGAAAUGUUCCUGAGCAUAGCCAAUAUAAUGUUGAUAAUGUUACUGAACGUGACUUCUUGCGAACUGAGGGGGAUCCUGGUGCUGUGGGUUACACAAUUAAAGAGGCAGUAGCACUGACAAGAAGCAUGGUUCCAGGACAACGAGCCCUUGCAUUGCAGCUCCUGGGAUCUGUGUUUGACAAGGCUUUGUGCAACAUACAACUAAGUGAAGUUGGGGAUAAUAUGAAAAGUCCUAAUAAUAAUCGCAAAGUUGACUGGAAGGCUGUUUGGGCUUUUUCUCUUGGCCCAGAACCUGAGCUUGUUUUAGCAUUAAGGAUGGCUUUGGAUGACAACCAUAUUUCUGUCGUUUUGGCAUGUGCAAAAGUUAUCCAGUGCAUUCUGAGCUGUGAAAUGAAUGAGAACUUCUUUGAUAUUUCCGAGAAAUUGGCAGAGUAUGAGGACAUCUAUACUGCCCCUGUGUUUCGUAGUAGACCAGAGAUUAAUGUUGGUUUCCUCCGUGGUGGAUUUUGGAAAUACAAUACAAAACCUUCCAACAUAUUUCCUUUGGUUCAUGAGGUUAGGAAUGAUGAGAAUGAAGGGGAACACACAAUUCAGGACGAUAUUGUUGUGGCUGGACAAGACUUUGCUGCAGGUCUUGUAAGGAUGGGAAUCCUUCCAAGGAUACGCCAUCUUUUAGAGACAGAUCCUUCUGCAGCUUUGGAAGAAUGCCUUAUUUCUAUACUUGUUCAGAUAGCAAGGCAUUCCCCAACAUGUGCAAAUGCAAUAAUGAAAUGUGAAAGGCUUGUUCAAACAGUUGUUGACAGGUUCAUCAAGAAGGACACAGUGGAGAUACAUCCUUCUGAGAUAAAGUCUGUAACCCUCUUAAAGGUAUUGUCACAAUCUGACAAGAGAAAUUGCAUACAUUUUAUAAAGAAUGGCAUUUUCCGUAAUACAAUGUGGCAUUUAUACCGGUAUGAACUUUCUAUUGAUCAGUGGAUCAAAUCAGGGCAGGAACACUGUAGACUUCUGUCUGCAUUGAUGGUUGAACAAUUGCGCUUUUGGAAGGUUUGCAUCCAGUAUUCGUAUUGUGUCUCUUACUUCAGAGAUUUUUUCCCUGCACUAUCCCUGUGGUUGUGUCCCCCUAUGUUUGAUAAGCUCAUUGAGAACAAUGUCCUCAGUGAAUUUGCUUCCAUCACCAGAGAAGCAUACCUUGUUCUGGAUGCCUUGGCCAGAAGACUCCCAUAUCUUCAUUAUGGGGAGGAACUCAAAAAGCAAACCCUUGAUUCUGCUGAUGAGGAUAUAGAGACAUGGUCUUGGAGCUAUGCUGGUGCAAUGGUUGAGUUAGCUCUGAAGUGGAUAUCCUUGAAGAGUAACCCCUUUAUAUCUAAAAUCCUUGACUGGCACAGAGGAACCACUACUUAUUUUGCUGUCCAAGAUUCUUCUCUUAGUUGUUUACUGUGGGUGAUUUCAGCUGUCAUGCACAUGCUUUCAAGUGUAGUUAAUAGAGUUGCUCCAGAGAAUACUGAUAGCCUGGGUAAAAGUGGUGGUCGUGUGCCAUGGUUGCCAAAAUUUGUCCCUAAGAUUGGGCUUGAAAUUGUGAAUAACAGAUUUCUGAACUUUUCAUCAAGUGAUACAGAAUAUGUAGAAGCUCCUAAUGGCAAGGGUUCUUUUGUUGAAAACUUAUGCCAUUUGAGACAUGAUGGUGAUAAUGAAUUAUUACUUUCUGCUACAUGUUGCCUUAAAGGACUGGUCCAACUUAUAGUUUCUAUUGACAAAUUCAUUCAGGUAGCCAAGAAUGAGAAUAUUAAUCCAUCCUCCCAAGGAUGUAGCAUCUCAAGAGAGGGUAAAAUACUAGAGGAUGGCAUGGUAAUGUGGUGUCGGGAAGAAUUAAGAAGCCUACUAAUUACUUUCAUGAAGUCAGUGGAUUCAGGAUGGCAAUAUGUACAGUUCAUUGAGGUGUUUGGUAGAGCGGGGCCUGCUCCAGGAGUUGGACUAGGUUGGGGUGCCUCUGGUGGAGGGUUUUGGUCCAUAACUGUUUUGCUUGCACAAAUGGAUGCCUGUUUACUUGUUCACUUGCUUGAAAUCUUUAAGAUGGUGGUUGAGAAAGAGAUCACAGAAGUUGAAGACAUGACAUUCAAUCUACAGAAGAUAAAUUCUAUUCUAGGAGUCUUUUUGAUUCUUGGACCAAGGAAUAAAAUUAUUAUGGAGCAAGCGUUAGAUAUCUUACUUAGAGCCCCUACCCUAAAGUACCUUGAUUACUGUGUUAACCAAUUUCUUCACCUUGCAAACGGUAUCAAAUCAUUCACCUGGAAAUAUAAGGAAGAGGACUACCUUUACUUCAGUAAGAUUUUAUCUUCUCAUUUCAAAGAGAGAUGGUUGUCUGUAAAGAAGCCUAAAAACAGUAGUGAUGUCCAUAAACUACAUAAGAAAGUUAAUGGUGUAUUGGAGACCAUUCAUGAAGACUCUGACAUAACUUAUGGGACUGAUAAUCAUCCUUUUUGCACUUCUUUGAUAGUAGAGUGGGUUCACCAGAGACUGCCACUUCCCAUGCAUUGGUUUCUCAGCCCUAUCUCAACCAUUUGUGACAGCAAAGCUGCUCUUGAACUUCCAAAUGCUUUCAACAAACAAAAUGACACAUCUUCACCUUCUGAUGAAGUUGUUGCAGUUGCGAAAAGUGGUCUCUUCUUUCUUUUAAGCCUUGAGGCAAUGUCCUCUUUCUUAUGCAAUAAUGUCCAACAGUCACCUGUUUGGGCCAUACCACUGGUUUGGAAGCUACACUCUUUGUCCAUGGUCUUACUUGUUAAAAUGGAUGUGAUUGAAGAAGAGAGAAGCAGGGAUAUAUAUAAUACUUUACAGGAGUUAUAUGGGAAGAUGCUUGAUGAGUCAAGAGGUAGUAGAGAUAUCCCUCUCAUGGAAAAGGAGUGUUUAGUGUCAGAUUCUACAAAGAACUGCAAAGUAGAAUUUCUAAAGUUUCAGUCUGAGGUUCAUGAAAGCUACCCUACAUUUAUUGAGACUUUCAUUGAGCAGUUUGCUGCUGUAUCUUAUGGUGAUGUAAUUUAUGGACGUCAAGUAACAAUGUAUUUACAUCGCACAGUUGAAGUGCCUGUCCGUCUUGCUACCUGGAAUGCACUAUCUAAUGCCCACAUCCUUGAACUCUUGCCUCCUCUGGAGAAAUGUUUUGCUGAGGCUGCAGGAUACCUUGAACCUACUGAGGAUAAUGAACAGAUUCUGGAGGCAUAUAUGAAGUCAUGGAUUUCGGGGGCGCUUGACAGAGCUGCAACUCGUAGAUCGGUUACAUUUAUAUUGGCACUACACCACCUUUCAUCUUUUAUUUUUCUCCAUUGCACUGAUGGCAAGAUAUUGCUUCGGAAUAAGCUUGUAAAGUCUCUUUUGCGUGAUUAUUCUCGAAAGCAACAGCAUGAGGGUAUGAUACUGGAUUUCAUUAGAUACAGAGAGGCAACUACAAAUCGUGAACCUGUAAGUAAGGAUGGUUCUUUACCACAAACUAGUGAAAUGGAAAGAAGGUUCCAGUUGUUGACAGAAGCUUGUGAAGGAAACUCUUCUCUUUUGGUGGAAGUUGAGAAACUGAAAUCAUCUAGUAGAAGAUUAUAAUCUGUAUGCCUGUAACCUAAAGUAUAUAUAUAUUUUUUGGUUUCUAUUAUCAUGGACGGCAUUACAUUAUUACUGGUCUCGAAUUCAGUUCCAAGAACUUGCUGCAGUUAGGUUUGUUACAUGAUCAUCAAUGAGGACGAGGCUGGAUAUCAAGAUUUGGGUACUUGUGUAUAAAAUGUAUUUAUAUAAAAACAAAAAUUAUUUUGUUUUUUGUUUUUUUUUUCUUUUUUUCCCUGUAUAAUCUUGUCUCCGUUAGUAUCUUGCUUUUUUUUUUUUUUUCCUUUUUUCCCUUUCUUUUUCACUAUGAAGGUUGAGUAGAUGUAGCAAUACUUCUUUUUGGCUCUUGGUUUAAAAUAAUAUCUUGAAUUUACCAACUUAA